ACACAGAGGAGUAUCUCUUUAGGAUGAGAACAUCCUCACUCCAUCUCUGCAAAGAAUCAUAAUUCCAUACAAAUUAUCAAAUAAACAAACCCUUUUACUUAUCAAUGGCGGCAUAAAAGUAAAGAAAUAAAUGAAGGAGACCUAGAGGUAGAAGAGGAGAAGAGAAGGGCCUGACAAUUUUGGAUAAACCCUUUUCUCACUCUCUCCAUAAUAAACAAUUAUUUAUUAACCUUUUUGAACAAUCUUCUCAUCUUCCAUCUCUAGAAUCAUUGGAGGGCAGGCAGGCUAGGACUGUCGGUUCUUGUUAGAGAGUUUAUUUACAAGAGAAAUUCGCAGAGAAAAGAGAGGACAAUUUUCUCUCUCUUAAUUCGCUUCUUCUCCCUGGAUGUCCCAUCCCAUCCAUUUCUUCUUCGGUUUUCGUUAAACAAACAAACGGGAAAAGAAAAGAAAACCUCUACGGUUUUGAAGGACAUCAACAAUUCAAAGAUCUCUUUUUAACAGAAGGCAAAAAGGAGGAGACUCACCAAAACAACAGCAAAUAUUCACCACCAUUGUUGUCGUCUCUUCAAAAAUGCUUCUAAUCACCUGCAUUUUCUUAAAAUGUCUUUGCUUGUUGCUCUCUUUCUCUUCUACUCCAAUGGCUGCCCACAACGUCACUCUUCCUCAUCAACACCCUGACCCUGAAGCCGUCGUUCAACAUGUUCAAAGGAUGGUAAACGCCUCUCUUUCAAGACGCCAAACUCUGUCCAUUCAACAAAAUGACCAAUGUCUCACUGGCAACCCCAUCGACGACUGUUGGCGUUGCGAUCCCAAUUGGGCCACCAGCAACCGCCAACGUUUAGCCGACUGCGCCAUCGGCUUCGGCCAGGGAGCACUCGGCGGAAAAGGCGGUCAGAUAUACGUCGUCACCGAUUCCUCCGAUCACAACCCGGCCAACCCAACCCCUGGAACUCUCCGUUACGCCGUCAUUCGAGAAGAACCCCUCUGGAUAGUAUUCAGCUCUAACAUGCUCAUCAAACUGAAACACGAGCUCAUUAUCAACAGCUACAAAACCAUUGAUGGCCGCGGCGCUAACGUCGAAAUCACCGGCAAUGGAUGCUUAACUCUUCAAUACGUAUCCCAUGUCAUCAUCCACGACAUCCACAUUCACCACUGUAAACCAUCAGGGAAUACUAUGAUAGCAUCGUCUCCAACUCAUGUAGGCUACAGAGGACGAUCGGACGGCGACGGCAUUUCCAUCACUGGGUCUCAGAAGAUCUGGAUCGAUCACUGUUCGUUAAGCUUUUGCACGGACGGCUUGAUCGAUGCUAUACUGGGGUCCACGGCGAUCACGAUAUCAAACAGCUAUUUUUCGCACCAUAACGAUGUCAUGUUGUUGGGACACAACGACAAGUACCAGCUGGACACCGGUAUGCAAGUAACAAUUGCGUUUAAUCGCUUCGGUGAGGCGCUGGUGCAGCGUAUGCCUCGGUGUAGAUCCGGCUACAUACACGUGGUCAACAAUGAUUUCACUUCAUGGGAAAUGUAUGCUAUCGGUGGUAGCUUUAAUCCUACCAUUAAUAGUCAGGGGAAUCGCUAUACGGCACCGGCAAACGCUAAUGCCAAGGAGGUCACGAAGCGGGUGGAGGCAGACGAGAGAGAGUGGGCAAAUUGGAACUGGAGAUCGGAGGGGGACAUAAUGGUAAAUGGAGCAUUCUUUGUGCCCUCGGGUUCGGGUGUCACCACGCAGUACGCCAUGGCCUCGAGUGUGGAGCCCAAAUCGGCUGCUUAUAUUGAACAGCUGACAAUGAACGCCGGUGUCCUCGGUGGGCCCAGGGAGGGUAGUGGAAGCAAUUCUUAUCCCGGAGGUGGCGGGGGUGGCAGCACCAGCAGGUCAGGUGGCGAUGACGGUAACUACUUUGGAAUGACAUUUAGAAGCGGUGUACGGUCGUGCCCACCACCCUCGUCAAUCUUUAUGUCAUUUCUAAUUAUUUUAAUUUUGUAUGCUAGUUCCAGCCAUGGGGUUGCUCUUCUAUCAUUACAACUGUUAUUGUCGUAGAAACGACAGCAGGAUAGGAGUCAUUAUUAUGCUAUUGGAUAACUAGAGAAGUGAAAAAAAAAAUCUUUGCAUGAUUAGCCUAA